GUUCGCAUCCCUUCGGGGAUUUCCGAUCCACUGCUUCUCUUCCCACUCCUACAACUAAAAAAGCCGCAUAAACCCUGUCCCCUUCUACCUCUUUCAAUAGAAGGUGAGAUGAAAGCCUCAAGAGCUGCAAGGCUCUUGAUCUCUUACUCUGUCCUCUCCUCCUCGACCUCGCGCCUCAACGUCAAUCCCUUCUUUCGAUCCUUCUCCUCUGCAUAUCCUGAGAAAGUCUGCGCGUCCUCCGAGGACGACGCCUCGCCGGACUUCGAUAGCAGAGAAUUCUCUCUCCCUUCUUCAUCCUCAACCGCCACCUCUGUUUACUCUUCUUCUGUUGGAAAAAAGAAGAAUCCCCAACUCUGGGAUGAUAAAUAUCGGGCGAAAGCCGAUCGUGCCCUCUUCGCCCGAGCAAAACCAUCUCGCUCGCAGGAUGAGGAAGAGGAGAACGAGGAAAAAGAAAGGGCGAAUGUGCUAGCGAAGGCUCUUCUUGAGGCCGCUUUGCUGCCUCCGGACGAUGUUGAUGAUGAGAACAUGAUAGUUAAGGAGGAGGACCAGAAAUCGCUCUCCGUUGGAAUCGUUGGUGCUCCCAAUGCCGGAAAGUCAUCCCUUACUAAUUCCAUGGUUGGGACAAAAGUUGCUGCUGUCUCAAGGAAGACGAAUACCACUACACAUGAGGUCUUAGGAGUGUUGACCAAAGGAAAUACACAAAUAUGUUUUUUUGACACUCCAGGACUCAUGAUUGGACAUCAUGGAUACCCUUACAGAACAGAUGUUAAAGUUCGUGUUGAAAGUGCUUGGAGCUCUAUCGAUUUGUAUGAUUUGUUGAUAGUUAUCUUUGAUGUCCACAGGCAUAUCACCAAAUCAGAUACGAGGGUGAUAAACUUAAUUAAAAAUCUUGGAGCUAAUGCACACCAUAAACAAAAGCGAGUUUUAUGUAUGAACAAGGUGGAUCUUGUAGAGGAUAAGAAGGACCUGUUAAAGGUUGCGAAAGAGUUUGAGGAUCUUCCUGGCUAUGAAAGAUACUUCAUGAUAUCUGGACUCAAGGGAUCUGGUGUGAAAGAUCUUGUUCAGCAUUUGAUGGACCAGGCAGUUAAAAGACCAUGGGAUGAAGAACCCAGCAUAAUGACUGAAGAGAUUAUGAAAACCAUAUCUUUGGAGGUUGUUAGAGAAAAAAUGUUGGAUCAUAUUCAUCAGGAAAUUCCUUAUGUUAUUGAACAUCGCUUGAUGGACUGGAAAGAGUUAAGAGAUGGUUCUCUCAGGGUGGAGCAACACUUCAUCACCCCAAAGAAAAGCCAGCGACAAAUUCUUGUUGGAAAAAAUGGCUCUAAAAUUGGGAGAAUAGGCAUAGAAGCUAAUGAAGAUUUGCGGUCGAUAUUCAAGAGGGAUGUACAUCUCAUUCUCCAAGUUAGAGUUGCAAGAAAAAAAGGUGCUUGAGUUGAUUUUUGAAUGAUCCUGAUGUUUUUGAAAUGAUUGAUUGUCCUCGCUACUUGGAGCAACACAAUUUAGUUCCUGCCGUUCUCCCCUCAUGCUCGCAGUGUCUUCUAUGUAACUGCGGGUAUCGACUUCGAACCUUUGAAUUGUUGAUGCAAAUGUUUUCUAUUUUAUCACCAUUCUCCCAUCAUGGAUUAUUUGAUUUCUUAAAAUGAUGUUAUUUUGAGGAGGUAUGCGAAGUUUGUAAAUAAUAUUGGUCUCUAAAUUAAAUCCAACCAAACAAGAGAUAUAAUAAGUUUUAUUA